UAACACGCCCACUUAUAUCUUUUGCUUGAUCACUCCACAACUCCUCUCUUUGUCAAAGAUAGUCUUUAAAUAUGUCUGUGGAAGGAACUGUCAAGGCUGCUAGAGUCGGUGGGAGCAUUUUUACUCAAAUAAAGCCCUCGCCUACCCUCGCACCUGUGCAAUACUGGCAGGGGAUUGUUGAAAUCUCAGCAAAGGGUGUUGUUUUGGUCUCUAUUUUCAUUUUAUUCAUUGCCUCCUCUGUGGCCCAAGAUGAAGCUAAUAAUAUAAAUGAUAACAAUGCUAAUCUCAAUAGGGCAAUAGCAGCUGCAGGCUGGACCAUAUUUCUUGGUAUCAUCGGGCUAAUUUACGGCAUCCUGUACCUUGUGUGCAGGUUUGUCAACUUUGCCUUUAUGACGAACUACAGAACUGUAGUCCUCGUUACCGACAUUAUUGUUAAUGGUGUCCUUGCUUUCCUUCUCCUUACGGGAGCUGCCUCUCUUGCUGCUACUGCUGAUUACCUUACUGACAUCCUCAAUACUGCCACAGAGUUUAGGGGAGUCAUAACGACAACUCGAAACGCUAUUGGAGCUGCAGCUUUCUUUGCCUUUUUCUCCAUGUUUGCAUACUUGUUUGUCGUUCUCUGGAUGGCACUGCUUUUCAUUAAGAAAUGGGACGUUAAAGGGAGUGGAGGCAGUGGAGGUGACACAUCUGCUCCAGUCUAACCAAUAGUUGGAGUAUAGCCUAUACAAUACAUGUAUGCUGUGAUUAUCUUCCUGCAAACUCCACUUCUUCCUCAUGUGACUCAUUUAGUCUUUUUUUUAAACUUGCUAUCUACUUUUAGCUAAUGCAUUUUAUUUACUCUUGAUUUUAUGACAAUAUUUUUUUCGUGGGCGUUGCUCAAUUUCCGUAAUCUAUUGGAAUGAUAGUAUGCGGAAGUGUGCAAUAAAGUUAAUGGUUAUUGUAGUUAAUUAAAACUGCAGUGCUUGUGUGUGCUACAUGUAAGUGCUCUCUCUUCUGUCAGCUCUCUCCCUAUCAAUCAUGUCCUCUGCUCCGACACAGAGUGGUUUCCCCUCCAUGUAUCAUGAAAGGGAAAGAGAAUUGUCUGAUGUUGCAAGUGAUUUCAAUCGUGAAACCUCUCCGCUCGUCGGUGACAUUACCAUGUCUAGGAACUCUAGCUCUGUCAGAGACUCGGUUGCAUCUGACUACGAAGUCAUCAAUCCCAUUGGGGAGAGGGUCCACAUUCCCAGGAGGUUCAAACCAGCUGCUGCUAGAGAGAGGGAGCGCUCAACCUGGGCAGGAUCGACAGGAUAUGAGCCUCCACCAGUUUCAAACUACAGGACUGUUAAUAAAGAAGAUGAUGCUAUCAGCAUACAGGCACAGUAUGACAGGGAAGGCUACAGAGCUGUCUUAAGACCGGCUGAAUCCACAGAAGGAUUAGUCAUUGAUGGUCGUUUCUCUGCCUCCAUGUCUAUAAUAGGAGAUAGUGACUAUGUGUCUUUGGAUGCACUUGGUAACAAUGCUAUGACAACAACCAAAGCGUUGGACUUCUGCACUAAAUAUGUCCUGAGGCCAUAUCACGUCUUCUUGAAGAUUAUUGGUUGGAGGCCUUUGCAGUCUCCCAGAGCUCAUGGCUCCCCUUGGUUUAAGAAAUGCUUUAAUGUCUUGUAUCCGACUUUUAUUUUCCUUGCUCUUAUUUUUGCCUGCUUAUCUCAGAUUGCAUCUUGUUUCUCUAGGACACGGUCUGAAUCUCCAUGUCGAUUUAAUAACACUGACCUCAACAACUCAGGCUAUUUAUUGACCUGCAGUCAAGAUUUAGUGACUAAGACUGUAAUUUCUGACAUUUUGCUCCUCAUUGCUUAUCUUUGGGCCUUUUACCUGUUUCGCUUUAGCGAGAGCGAGCACCUUUCAAAGCUAAUGCAAACGGUUUUUCUUAGUUGUACCUCGAAGCUGGUUCAUAAUUCUCCAAGACGUUUGGUCUUUGUUUUGCUCUCGUAUCUUAUUAUUGGUAUUCUUUGGAUAUUGAUCUCCUUUACUGCUAGUCUUGGGCGUAUCUUUGUAUUAAAGUUAGACCACAGAGACACGUACAUUGGCUGGUUUGUGGAGGGAGAAGCUUCCUGUGACAUUCAAGUUGAGACAAGACUAAUAAGUCCUAUUAGAUACGAUAGUGUCCAUUAUUCUCUCAUAAUAAUAUCACUGGUUGGUUUUGUAUUCUUUGAUUUGCUCUACAUUGCCGUCAUCGUUAACUACGUCACCCAGUGCGAGCUCCUUCGUUUUUUCAUUCGAAACGUAAGAGAGAAAGUUCUUACGAAGGAUUACCUAUUAGGAUAUGCUGUCAAGGAGUUGUAUCAUAUUAAUGAGUACUUGAGGGUCUUGAAUGGGAAGUUUAGCUACAUCACAAGUCUCAUUCUUUUCGUUUUCCUGCAAGGAGUCAUACUUGCUUAUAGCAGUAUCAUGAGUGUGAGGAGUGGGCAGUAUCUCAAUAUCUUUAUUGGUACUAUAAAUGUAUUGCAAUGGCUUUCUGGAACACUAUUCCUAAUCAUACAAGCUAGUAGACUGACUGCUGAGUGCAAUGGUAUAAGAAAGCUUGGGUUGGAAAUUGGCGCAAGACCAUUUGUAUAUUCCGACACUCCACAGCUGGUCCUUGACUCAUUCGUACUGUACACAAGCGCCACAAAUUAUAAAGCUAAAUUAGGAUUCAUUCCUAUGUAUCCCUCUCUUGUUUUUGGUUUCUUUUUUGUUUCCGGAUUAUUCCUAACUCUUGAUCGGGGUAUCACUGACUUUGACUUUGCUUACUGGUUAUAACCAGCUGCAUAUAAUCACUGACUUUCCUAAUCUAUUAAUACAUUGUAUAUGCAUUACACAUUAUAAUAUUAUUUUUGUACACAAGUAUAGAGAGAGAGUGUGUGUGUGUUAUAUAUUUUGUGUAAAAUUGAUAAUCAAUUUGUUUACAAAAAUACCAAAAAAA